UUUGCGCAUGCGCAGUGCCUCACACUUGUGUUCCGGGGUCGAUCUGAACACUGUAGAAAAUCAUCAUUGUGUACCUUUUUCAUUUUCUAUUCACGUCGUUUUUACACGGACAACUGAAGGGGGAGUCUGGGGGAUUUAUCGGAAGGAGAGACGCUUUGAAUACGGCACCGAGAGAUGAACUUCUUCAGAGGAGUGAUGGGGGGACAGGCCGCCGGGCCGCAGCCCUCCGGAGCCGAGACGAUCCAGAAGUUGUGUGACCGGGUAGCCUCCUCGACGCUACUAGAAGACCGCAGAGAUGCUGUCCGGGCCCUCAAGUCCCUCUCUAAGAAAUAUCGCAUGGAAGUUGGCACACAGGCGAUGGAACACUUGAUUAACAUUCUGCAAACUGACCGGUCUGACUCUGAAAUCCUUGGCUAUGCUUUGGACACACUCUACAACCUCAUCUGCAAUGAUGAGGAGGAAGAGCAAGAUGAAUCAGAAGACGCAGUAACCCCUAUCCCUGCCUCAGGGAAGCAUAAGAAUGUUUCCAUGCCUGAAAUCUUAGAGAAAGAACAAGAUGAGGCCAUGCAGAAGCAGUCUGAUGACCUCGGAGCUCAGUUCACCGAGCAGUUCAUUCAGGACCCCGAACACAUCACUCUGAUUCUCAGUCUGCUGGAGGAGUUUGACUUUCACGUACGUUGGCCCGGGGUGAAGCUGUUGACCGCUCUCCUGAAGAACCAGGGGGUCCAGGUCCAGGGGAUUAUUCUGGUCAGCCCCAUGGGUGUUUCCAGAUUGAUGGACUUAUUGGCAGACUCUAGAGAAGUGAUCCGUAAUGAUGGCCUGCUGUUGCUUCAACAGCUGACCAAAAGCAAUGCUGCGAUUCAGAAAAUCGUGGCAUUUGAAAGCGCAUUUGAGCGUCUUCUAGACAUCAUCACAGAAGAGGGCAGCAGCGAUGGAGGUAUCGUGGUGGAGGACUGCUUGCUGCUGCUGCUCAACCUGCUGAAGAACAACAGCUCCAACCAGAACUUCUUCAAGGAGGGCUCGUACAUCCAGAGGAUGAAGCCCUGGUUCGAGGUCGGGGAUGAUAACUCUGGCUGGUCUGCACAGAAGGUCACCAACCUCCACCUCAUGCUGCAGUUGGUGCGAGUCAUGGUGUCUCCGGUGAACUCCCCUGGAGCCUCAGCCAGCUGUCAGAAGUCCAUGUACCAGUGCGGCCUGCUGCAGCAGCUGUGCACCAUCCUCAUGGCCACGGGGGUGCCUGCCGACAUCCUCACUGAGACCAUCAACACUGUGUCAGAGGUCAUCCGGGGGUCACAGGUCAACCAGGAUUACUUUGCAUCCGUCAACGCUCCUUCAAACCCACCCAGACCAGCCAUCGUGGUGCUGCUCAUGUCCAUGGUGAAUGAGAGACAACCGUUUGUGCUUCGCUGCGCCGUCCUCUACUGUUUCCAGUGUUUCCUGUACAAGAACCAGAAAGGACAGGGAGAGAUCGUGGCUACGCUGCUGCCCUCCACCAUUGAUGCCAAUUCCAUCUCCGCGGGCCAGCUGCUGUGCGGAGGCCUGUUCUCAGCGGACUCUCUCUCCAACUGGUGUGCCUCCGUGGCCCUGGCCCACGCCCUGCAGGACAACCUCACCCAGAAGGAGCAGCUGCUGAGGGUCCAGCUGGCCACCAGCCUGGGGAAGCCCCCCGUCUCCCUGCUGCAGCAAUGCACCAACAUCCUCUCACAGGGAGAUAAGAUCGCUCGGCGGGUAAGUAACGCUUGUGUGUGAGUGUGUGUGUUUUGUGAGUGUUUGGGCAGCAUCUAAGCUGGUU